AUGACUGGCAAACACAGUUUGCAUGGCGAUAAGAGCGUCCUGCCACCGUUGCUGGCCAUCGGUGCUGCUCUAAUCGGACUGAUAUCAACACUCUUCCUCGAUACAUCGUCCAUCACAGACCGACUGCAUCUAUUCCACUCCGCUGCACCAGACAGAUAUGCACCCGGCAGCCAGUCGGGGAUAUGCCAACAAGCGCCCAAGCUCUCCCCCAAGAACAAACAAGUCGAGCAGUUCCUGCGCGACACCGUCGAGUCCAGCGCCUACCAUGACGAGAUCAUCCAGAAGCUCACAGGCAUCAUCCGCAUCCCGUCCGAGAGCUACGACGACCUCGGCCCCAUCGGCACAGACCCGCGCUGGGACAUCUUCUACCAGAUCGAAGACUACAUCAAAACGCACUAUCCCACUCUCACAAACACCCUCACGCUCGACCAUGCCAACACGCACGGGCUCAUCCUCACCUGGCCCGGCAGCGUCCCCCCAGCCACCGCGAAGCCCAUCCUAAUGCUCGCCCACCAGGACGUCGUCCCCGUCCUCGCCGCCACAUCCGCAGACUGGACGCACCCCCCGUACGCCGGCCACUACGACGGCACCCGCAUCUGGGGCCGCGGCGCCACCGACGACAAGGGGUACCUGAUCUCGAUCCUCGAGAGCGUCGACCUACUGCUCCGCGCGGGGUUCCAGCCGCAGCGCACCGUCGUGCUCGCCUUCGGCUGCGACGAGGAAAUCAGCGGCGAGAACUGCGGGCGCCCCAUCGCCGACUUCCUGCAUGCGCGCUACGGCGACGACGGCCUCUACCUCAUCAUGGACGAGGGCUCCGUCGGCGUGCAGGAGGAGUUCGGGCAGUCGUUUGCGAUGGUCAGCACGGCCGAGAAGGGCUACCUUGACGUCGGGAUCAACGUCACCGCGCCGGGAGGGCAUGCGUCCAACCCGCCCGACCACAACGCCAUCGGUGUCCUUGCGGAGAUUGUCGCGGCGGUCGAGAAUAGCCCCUUCGCUGGUAGGGUGACGCCGGCGAACCCCAUGUUCGGGUUCCUGGAGUGUGCGGCGGUGCAUGCGCCGGCGGGGAGUGUCCCGGCUGCGGUGCGCAGGGCGCUUCCGCGCGUGGCGGAGGGGCAUCGCCUCGCGGAGGAGGAGCUCGCGCAGACGCUGGACGGUAUGCGGUACUAUUUUCGGACGAGUCAGUCGGUGGGCAAGAUUAACGGCGGCGUGAAGAUCAACGCUAUCCCGGAGCUCGCGACGACCAUGGUCAAUCUGCGGCUUGCGGUGGAGAGCUCAAUUGCGGAGAUCGAGGCGCACUACGAGAACCUGGUGCGCCCGAUUGCCCAGAAGCAUGGGAUGGUCUUUGAGGGAUUCCACCCCGACACGGUGUCAUCGGAGCCGCGGAAGAUUAGCCUGUUCGGCGUGGAUGCUCUGGAGCCCGCGCCGGUGUCCCCUGUGGACGCGGAGGCGUUCCGGGUCUUGUCGGGGACGAUUCGAAAUACGCUGAGGCCGUUGGAUGCGGACGAUGAGCUGGUCGUCACGCCGUACCUGAUGGCGGCCAACACGGACACCAAGUUCUUCUGGGCGUUGACCAAGAACAUCUACCGGUUCACGCCCAUCAACCUGGUGGAGAAUCUUAAUCGUGCGCAUACUGUAGACGAGUUUAUUCGUGCUGAGGAGUUUGUCAGGGAGCCGUUGUUCUUUGCGAGUUUGAUCCUUAACGCGGAUGAUAUUGUGCAUACAUAG